CCAAGCUAUCGCAGUUUAUCCAAGUUUGUUGGAUGUUUGUCAAUAAAAAUUAUUCUCCCGAUCGUUGUUCUUAGCAUUUAACAAGAAAUUUCAUUAAUUUUCAAAGUGAUUAAAAUUGUGGUGCCAUUGCAAUUGUGAUCGGUGUUUUGUUUAAAUAAAUCCAGGAUCAUUGCAUACAUUUUUUAACAAAAUAAAUAUCAACGAAUUUCAUACAAUUUAUAAAGAAAAAGAGGUUAUGCUUGGUGGCACAACAACGACUGGGCGCAUUGGUGCACAAAAUACAGUUCCGAUAAGAUUACGAGCAGUCUCUGGAUUUCAGAAUCGUUUAAAUGAUGUCGUCUACUGUCCACCACUUAUCAAACAAGACGAUGAACCACCUACAUCAGUGGUGUAUUUUGGUGGGGACGUACAGGAUUUCUCAGAAAAUAUGGAAACAAAUCGGGACAGCAAAAGUUACAUGAAAUACAAUUUAGAGAGCACUGCCCUACUUCUAAGAAAUGGUUUCCCCAAGUCUCACAUAAUUGUGAUUCGACCGGCACGUAUGGAAUUCAAGACUUUUAGCUGCUUCGACAAUUUUGUGCGUGGCAACAGCGCUGGCGUUCCAGAUCAUACUCCAAUGCAUCAUUCGUUGCAGCACCUGGAAAAAUUACUGCAGUCGAUAUCGCAAAGGCUGUUAAACAUGAAUCAAGUACCAUCAACAUCCGGUACAUCGACCAAUCUGGAAACGAACCAGGAAAUCGACAUUGACAUUUUGCAAGUACAAGAAACCGUAACAGUGGACACUGAUGGUGAAAUUGAAUUUUCCUGUAAAGAUGGCAACUCUUCGUGCAAUUCAAUAUCCACAGCCGAUUUGACAACGGAACUGUUACAGAAUGAUAUUCAGACAACGAUAGCAUCACCUAGUACAUCGGAAGUGGUCGAAUUGUUGGACCCGAUGUGGCGUGAAAAUCUUAAUCUAGAAAAAUGCAAACUAAUUUUAGUAGGUUUUAGUAAAGGCUGUGUAGUUUUAAACCAAUUUAUCUAUGAAUUCCACUACUUGAAAACACUUACACCCGACGACAGCACCAUGAUCCGUUUGCUGAGCCGCAUCAAAGAGAUGUACUGGUUGGACGGCGGUCAUGGUGGCGCUAAAAAUACUUGGAUAACAUCGAGAAGUCUGCUGGAAACGUUGACCCGUCUGGGCAUCAAUAUUUACGUACACGUUACACCAUAUCAGGUUCAGGAUGACCGGAGGCCAUGGAUCCGAAAAGAGGAGAAAUCAUUUACCGAUUUGUUGCGACGAUUGGGUGCCAAUUUGACCAGAUGCUUGCACUUCGACACAUCGGCGGUGGCCAAUUUGUAUACGCAUUUUGAAGUGUUACAGGUUUUUCGGCAACCGUGCCCCACACAACAGCCGGUGCACAUAAGUCCGCUAAAAGACGACGACGAAGAAAAGUGACAAAAAUUUGAACAUAAAUUAAUUGAUGUUUAUUGAUUCGCGUAUGUAUAUGUUCCGUUUGUCGUAUCGAUGCAUUUUUCAUUUGAAUUAUUUUUUUAUAAAAAAAACAACAAAUCUGCGUGUAUGAUGUCAACUUGAUUGUACAUAGUAAAAACUGAUAUAGUGUAUGGUCGUAGCUAAUAUUACGAUACAAUUUUAACGAUAAGUUUACUUCCAAGCGAUAAAAAAUAUUUUUAUUUUCAUUCUCUUUUCGAAGAAAUUAUUUUAUUUUAAUCGGUAACUAAGAAUUGUAUACAUUUUCCGGUUCAUUAAAUUUAUCUUGUUUGGUGUUAAAACCAUGUCAUCACA